UUAAAUCAUUUUUUAUUCAUUGGAUUUUCUGCUUUGUGUUCUGCUAUUGGAUCCUAAAGGCCCGGUCCCACUGGCCGAUGGACACAAAACGUAUGCAAAAAGGACACAGCAGACGAGCAAAAUUUCGGGGGUGGCUCUAUCCGUUUUCAUCCGCUCCAGAAAUGGACAAAAUUGGCGAAAAUUGGCGAAAACAGAACGGAAAAGAACGGACGUGGGUAGUAUAUAGCAGGGAUGUUAAACGCAUGUUCAUAGGAAGCCUAGCGGAUGAAAGCGGAUGGAAGUGGAUGACAGCUCCGAAGGGGUUACCGGUGAUAACUGAGAAGCGGACGCAUAGCAGAAAGAGCGGAUGCAUAGCGGAUGAAGGGGAUGCAUCACGUACGCCUAACGGAAACAAAGGGGAUGUUGCACGGAUGUAUAUCGGAUGCAGACCGUUCACAGCGCAUGCGGGGGGUAUGAAUUGCGUCUGCUCCGCGGAUAUAAAGGGAUGCAGCACGCACGCCGUCAGCAUAAAGCUGAAAGACGUGCUGGCGGCUACAUCGAUACAUCUCUACUACAUCUCGUUUUUGAAGAAGGCUACAUUGAUACAUCUCUACUACAUCUUGUAUCAACACCAUGGUGCGUCAGUCAGGCAAGAAAAGGAAGUCCGUGCCUACUCGUUCAAGCCCUGGCAAGGUGAAGAAGCUGCAGCGGAUGUGAGUUGCGAGGAUGCCCAGAGGAUGCAGAGAGGAUACAGCAGACGUUUAACGGAUGAUAACGGACAUAGAACGUUUGUUGCUCGUAUAUGUCGCGGAUUUACAUCGUACACGGCGGAAAGUUCAUCCAUUCUAAAAGUUUUGUGCAGCUCAAAACUUUUUGCGCGGAUGAAAUCACAGUGGACGGAUGCUCGAUGGAUAGAGCGUAUGAAGCACGUAUGCAAUGGGUACACAACGGAUGCAUAGCGUUUUCCAACGGAUGGCAAAGAUUUUUUUUUUACGUUUUACAUCCUCUUUGCAUCCGUAAGUGCAGUGGGACCGGGCCUUAACUCACCACAUCUCGCCACCCUUAACAAAAGUACAAGUUUGUUAAUAAUCAAGGGCAGAACUCUGGUCAAAUUUGCCCAAAUUAAAGGAAAUUUCAAUACGCGUAUAACAAAGAAUCCUUUUGUGAGAGGAGUUGAUUUCAGAAGAACGUCCACCCUCGUGAAAUUGUCAAAGUACAAGUUAUUUAAUCAAGGGUCAAAACUCUGGGAAAAAUUUCACAAACGAAAUUAAAUCGCAAUAUGCGUAUUACCGUCAUAUAACAAGGCCUUUUGCCAAGCUUCGAGAAAUUCCUCCAAAAGUUGUGCGAGGAGUUGAUGUCAGAAGCCGAGCACACCUUCAUGAAAUUGUGAAAGUGCAAGGUUGUUAAUCAAGGGCUGUCACUCUGGUAAAAUGUGACCCAAUUUAACGAAAUUACAAUAUGCGUAUUACUGACAUAUAACAAAGAAUCCUGUCAAGUUUCAUGAAAUUCCUCUAAAAAAUUGUGAGAGGAGUUGAUUUCAGAAAGUGAGCACCCUUCCCGGGACGGGCGGACAUCGCCGCGACAUAAUCCUUCUUCGGGCCUUUUGGCCAGCGGGGGAUUAAAAAAUGGUAGUCUCAGGUCCAGUGAGCGCAGUUUUAUGUGGAAAUGAGCUGUAGGUUUUACUGAGCAUCUUGCAGAACCAGCCAUGGUUCUUCUGAACCCUUUAACUGUCACACUCGCUUCUUAAUUGUGCACCAAAACCCAGUAGCCUUCAUUAUGUUUUCUUUUUUAAUCUGAAAAGUGCUCUCUUAUGGAAUAUG